GCCGAACAACCCCUCCGCGCGCCUCGUAGUACACGUCCCCAUUCAACCUACCUACAAAGACUUGGCAAGGAAUUGGUCGUCUGCCGACCUGUUGGGAGCUCUGCAAGAUGGCGGCUAGCAAUACUAGUAGUGGUAAUCGGUCAAUGGAAUCCCGGACUGGGCGUACCAAGCAACGAUACAAUACGAAAGGCGAACGACUGGUUGCCGGCGUUGUCCCUCUGACUGCGGACAAAUACUACGUCAUGUUGAUCCAGUCCACGCGUCGAAAAGGUUGGGUGUUGCCCAAGGGCGGAUGGGAACUUGACGAGGAAUGUCACGAGGCUGCUGCCCGUGAAGCUUGGGAGGAGGCCGGUAUCGUGGUUCAGAUCAACUAUGACUUGGGUGAUAUUCAGGAUACCCGCCCUCCCAAGAAAAAUCCUACCAAGGAGAAGGAGCGCGCGCUCUACCGAUUCUUCGAGGCCACCGUCACCAGCGAGGAGCCUGAGUGGCCUGAGAAGGACAAACGUGAGCGCAAGUGGUACACAUACGCUGAAGCCACCGAGUUGUUGAAAGAACGGCCAGAACUUCAAGCAGCUCUAGAUCUGUCGACGAUCAAGAGGUAACCUUGGUACCGCCAUACUUGGGGGCGAUAGUGUCGCUCUCCGCUGUCUCGGGAGCAGUGUGUGCAAGGAGACAGUUCCGCAAAUGGGUACUGAGGCUUAUUGCUGACGUUCCGACUUACUGCGUCUUUAUCUUCCUACCAUAUGGGGCUCCAAAGAGCAAAGCAAC